GACGACAUGAGCGGAUCGGACCUGUUCGACGAUGAUGUCCAUGUCGCCGAAGACUCACCGCCACCGACGGAUUCGAAUCUGCUGACCUACUCGGCAUUCAUGGAGUUGGCGAAGAUUGAACUACACGACCUGGAGAACGGUAUCGCGGCGGCCAAUGGCAUGGUGGUCGAGCUUGGCGAGGACAAGUACAUGAUGGAGAUUCGUGGCGCGAUCGGUGGCUGGAUCGAGAAGGCUGUCACUUUCGCCUCGACUGUCCACGCCACGUCAGAUGGCCCUGAGACCACCUCCUGGACCGUACACCUCGAGAACAUCAAGAAUCAGACGCUCGACCUGAUGAACGAGCUCAGCGCCUUCAGGGCCACGAUUUCUCCACCGACUUCUGCGUGGGCCGCAAGAUCCGCGAGUGCUGAGCGAAAGCCGACUGAGGGUUGGCUACCAGUGCGCGCAGCACGCUACCUCCUCCUCCUCCUCCUCCUCCUCCUCCUCCUCCUCCUCCUCC